GAAGCACUAUCACUGGAAAGAGCUGCAACGAACCCAAGUUAUAAACAACGUAUAACAGGUUGAAUGAAAAUUCGAUGGGUUUAAUGGAGUGGUACGAUGUGUCAAACCUCCGAUAACAUUUCUCUUAUGUAGGAUACAGAUCUCGGAUCAGCUUGGCAAAACUGGCCCAAUCAGCGUCUGGAGGCAACUUCACCCCACCGCACUUUCGGAAGCAGAGCGCUUAACUCCCGCAGUCGCGAUAAGUAUUGUAGUAUUUCUCUAAGCAGUUGGAGUUCAACGUUAUCUUUAAACAGACGAAGAAUUGUUGAAGAAUGACGUCGAAGUGCCCCAGAUGCACAAAGGAUGUGUUUUUUGCUGAGAAGGUGAGCUCGCUGGGGAAGAACUGGCACAGGUUCUGCCUGAAAUGUGAACGCUGUCACAAGACCCUGUCGGCUGGCAACCACGCUGAGCAUGAUGGACUGCCAUACUGUCACAAACCAUGCUAUGGAACUCUCUUUGGACCCAAAGGUGUGAACAUCGGAGGGGCAGGCGCCUACAUCUACGAAACUCCUCAACCCUCCUCCGACUGCCCUCCAGAGGGGUCACCGACGACACCAUGGACCACCAUGCAAGUUACCCGGAACCAGUACAAAGUUCCUCCCCCUCCAACAAGGAUGUUUGCCGGAGAGACCUCACUCUGUCCUGGCUGUGGAAAAAUUGUAUAUUUUGCAGAGAAGGUGAUGUCUUUGGGAAGAAACUGGCACCGACCUUGCCUGCGAUGUGAAAGGUGUAAGAAAACACUGACCUCUGGUGGACAUGCUGAGCAUGAAGGGAUACCCUACUGUCAUGUUCCUUGCUACGGCAUCUUGUAUGGACCAAAAGGCGUGAACAUUGGUAAUGUGGGUUGUUACAUCUAUGACAAGGAAGACCUGGAGCAAACAGAAAUACCCAGCCAGUCUUAAACACACAGAAGACAGGGGAAAAAAACUCCCCCAUUUGUUGGUUUUGUAUGAGGUCACUUCAGCGACUUCAGUGGCGCUGUGCGCAGUAGCCUGGUGACAAGGUUAGUGAAUUGAGUGACAAACCAAUGCUACAAUCCAAACGCUUGCUGUAUUAAAAUUAGGAAAUAUUUCUUGUUUCAUUUUUGUGGUUACAGAAAUUAUGUAAGACAAAAGGAAAUACGAAAUUUCGUAUUCUGUUUAGUUUUUUCUAGUUUCUUUACUUAUUGUUUGUAUAAGUUUUAAGAUAAUGUAAAUCACUUUUGAAACCUGCUAGCCACACUGACUUAUAUGUAUUUAACAACAGACUCAUUUAAUGUUAAAGAAUGCAUGCAUUUGCCAGUAGUUAUAUUGAGAAAGAAUGCAUAUUGAGUUAUGAUACAUUAUCAAAAAUAUUGUUUUUUUAAUUUUUUGUUUAUAUGAAACAGGAAGUGUUUCUCUAAAUAAAAUAAUCU